AUGACGUCGGACUCUGAGCAGACGCUUGAUACGUUUGACGAUGCUGCUCUAGCCCCACCAGAAAGAGCAGAGUCGCCAUUAUUCAAAACGAAUAACAUCAUUCCAGGCUCGAAGGUGUUUGUCUUGAAGGACGAGAGAUACCGGCUUGCGGAAAUUCUGGCGUUUCAAGUACGUAAGAGCAGGCCAAAUUAUUAUGUGCAUUAUGUGGAGUUCAAUAAAAGAUUAGACGAAUGGAUCGACGAAGAUGCAAUAGAUUUUUACCGGCCUCUCACGCUGCCUAAAAAGCAGAAUAACAAAAAGGACCACAAGAAACAGAAGAAGAAGACUGCCGGCCAGAAAAGCAAUACCCCGGAUGUGGACCAGAAGAUGGUCAUCAAGAAGGAGGAAAAGGAUGAGGGUGUGAUGGACUUGGACAAUUUAAACGUCCAAGGUUUGGUCAGAGAGGGCGAGGAGCUGACACGAGAAGAGGAGAUAAAGAAAUUGAGAACAAGUGGUUCUAUGACACAGACGAAUGUCAGUGCGCUGGCUAAGAUCAGAAAUUUCAACAAGGUCAUCAUCGGAAAAUACGAAGUCGAACCGUGGUACUUCUCUCCAUAUCCGAUGGAGUACACGGAAGAAGGAUCGUUGUACAUUUGCGACUUUUCUCUCAACUUUUAUGCUUCCAAAAAGCAAUUUGAGCGGUUCAGAUCCAAGUGUACAUUGAAACACCCACCAGGGAACGAGAUAUACCGUGACGACUAUGUAUCCUUUUUCGAAAUCGAUGGACGAAAUCAGAGGACGUGGUGUAGAAACCUUUGUUUGUUAUGCAAACUCUUCCUUGAUCACAAAACAUUAUACUUCGACGUGGAUCCUUUCCUGUUCUACUGUAUGACCAGAAGAGAUGAAUUGGGCCAUCAUUUGGUUGGCUUUUUCUCCAAGGAGAAAGAGUGUGCCGAAGGAUACAACGUGGCGUGCAUCUUGACUCUUCCGCAAUACCAGCGGCAUGGUUAUGGUAAGUUGCUCAUUCAAUUCUCAUACGAACUUUCCAAAAAGGAAGGUAAAGUUGGAUCCCCGGAAAAACCUUUAUCGGACUUGGGAUUACUUUCGUAUAGAGCGUUUUGGGCUGAAACCAUAGCUGAGCUGCUUAUUGAAAAUAAGCCUGCCGAAAUAAGUGUGGAAGAAAUUUCACAGCAAACUUCGUUAACAACAACAGACAUUUUGCAUACGCUACAAACUAUGAACAUGCUUCGAUAUUACAAAGGACAGCACAUCAUUUGCAUCACAGAUCAGGUAUCCCAGGCUCAUGAUAAACUAAAAAAGAAGAAUAGACACAAAUUGGAUCCAAAUAAACUAAUAUGGAAGCCUCCUGUUUUUACAGCAUCCCAGCUAAGGUUUGGGUGGUAG